CUGACAGUUGUUAUUAUCAAUUUUACUGAUAUUUAUUACGGAUUUUUAAUGUAAAACUAAAAACUCUAAGCUCUAUCGAAAUAUUUACAUUCUGUAAAAGGACUAAAUAAUUACCAUUUAUUUUAUAAUGAAUAUUGUACAAUGUUCAUAAAGAAUAACAGUGGAUUUCGAGAAAUUAUUGAUAUGUUUUACAAUACAAUAUCACUUCGGAAUAAAUAAGUAAAAAUGCCUUCGCAUCUAAAUGAGGAAGAGGACAAGCCCUGCAGAGCUUGUUCGGACUUCAAGACUUGGGCGAAAAAACAAAACAAAUCCAAACCACCAGACGUGAAACCACCGCCUGUAACAGAAAAAAAGGAAUGUCCCUUGGACAAGGAUGAGUUGGGUCGACAGACUUGGGGCUUCCUGCACUCUAUGGCGGCAUAUUUUCCAGAAAAACCAACUCAUGCACAAUCUAAUGAUAUGAACAAGUUUUUUAAUAUAUUUGCUCAAUUCUACCCGUGUGAACCUUGUGCACUGGACUUUAAGGAAGAUAUAGCAAAACAUCCGCCAAAAACGAAAUCUAGAAAUGAGCUUGUAAAGUGGCUGUGUGACCGACACAACACUGUAAACAUUAAACUUGGGAAGCCUGUGUUUGACUGCAGCAAAGUUAACGAGAGGUGGAAGGAUGGUUGGUUAGAUGGUUCCUGCGAUUAAUAGACUCACAAUGACAACGCCACGAGUAUAGUUGCCAUACACAGUUUACGAAGAAACAUGAAGAUUUGAUCCAAGUAUUAAAAUAUCAAGCAAAUAUAUUUGAACUAAUGUCGCGUUUGAUCUAUUGGUUAUAUUUCUACUCUGUAUACAAAAAUAACUCAAAUAAGUUAUUUUGUUCAUUAUAAUUGUAGUGUAUUUGUGUUGUGAGUGAGACUUGCACUGUGGAGUAAAUACUAUUAAAGAUUUGUUAUAUUUAUUGUUUAUAAA